AUGUCGACGCAUAAGGGAAAUGGCGAUCAGACUGAUGUGAAGAACAUUGAGGAUUUGGCCUAUGAGCAGAAGGCACUGGACAACAACAAUAACAACGAGAUGUUGCCAGAGGUUCUCCAACAUCACAGCCCUGAAAACUUGGCGGCUAUGGAGAAAGCUCUCGUGCGUAAGCUUGACACGCGCUGCCUUCCCAUUCUCAUCAUUCUGUUCCUGCUCAAUAUUCUCGAUCGUAACGCAAUCGCCAAUGCUCGUCUUGGUGGGCUCGAAGAAUCGCUGCACCUCACGGACCUGCAAUACCAAAUUGCUGUGAUGUUGGUCUGGGGCAAGCACCAAUCUUCAGCUGGCUAUAUCUCUAUGAUGGUUCCCUCGAAUAUGCUUCUUUCCAUCAUCAAGCCAAGAAUAUAUCUACCCACUGUUGUCAUGAUUUGGGGUGUUGUUUCGGGUGCUACCGGUUUUACCCAGAACUUCGGUGGUCUUGCAGCGCUUCGAUUCCUCGUGGGAGUGACCGAGGCCCCUUACUUCCCAGGCUGCAUUUUCCUUUUAUCCUCUUGGUAUACAAAGCGCGAGCUCCCAUCCAGGAUUGCAGUCUUCUACCUUGGAUAUACUCUUGCCUCCGCAUUUGGAGGUCUGAUGGCAGCCGGCAUUUUGUCUGGUAUGGACGGACUGGGAGGAUAUGCCGCUUGGAGAUGGAUCUUCAUCCUCGAGGGUGCUCUUACCGUCGUCAUCGGCAUUCCUGCCUUCUUUCUCCUUCCCAAUUACCCGAAUAACACAAGGUGGCUAAGCGCCGAAGAGUCAGCUCUCGCACAAUAUCGUCUUGCUCGCGAUUACGAAGGUGAAGCAGACGAAGUAGAGGAAUCAGUUUUCGUCGGAUUCAAGCAGUCCAUCUCGGACCCUAAGUCUUGGAUCCUUGUACUGAUUCAGACGGGAGCAGUGAUGAGUAUGAGCUUUACAUACUUCUUCCCAUCGAUUGUUCAGACCCUCGGGUUUCCACGUGUGGAGACGCUUCUUCUCACUGCGCCCCCUUACUUUCUCGCUUGCGUCUAUUCUAUCACCAACUCUUGGCAUAGUGGAAAGACAAAUGAGCGGUGCUUUCAUAUUGUUACAGGGUGUUGCAUAUCUAUUGUCGGUCAGAUUCUCUCCAUGUCGACUCACAACAUAGGUGCCCGCUAUUUCGCUAUGUUCUUGCAGGCCGUCGGCUCCUUCUCAGUCUUCCAACUGGUCCUUUCCUGGGUUUCAUCUACCAUUCCCCGACCAAAGGCCAAGCGAGCGGUAACAAUCGCUCUCGCAACUGCCAUUAGUAAUAUGACCAAUAUAAGCAGUGCUUAUCUAUAUCCAUCCUCAGAUGCGCCGUAA